AUCUUGGCGCGAUAGCUCAUUGCUGUAGUUCAGUGCGCAGACAGGCAGUUGAAAUUCCAGCGCCCGAUGGUUUGAAAGAGUCGUGCGAUUUAUGCGAUUAGCACUAUGGCGCCAAAUGGCACGGGUCGCAAGGCGCCGGCUGCUGGAAAACCCAAGACGUUCAACUUUGUGUCGCGAUCACACGUCGACGAUGCCCUAGGCUCGGAUAUCAGAAAGCAAGCUCUCAAGCUCAAGGAUGAGGUGGUCAAGCGGUUGCCCAAGGUGUCCAAGCCUGGCAACUGGGACACGGAUGUCGUGGGAGGCAUAGACAAAGACACGACCGGAGUCGUCAACCGGGUACCCAUGGACGUCGCUCGAGCCUUCGUGACCGGCCAUCCGAUGCAAGACACGCCCGACAUCGUCCGCUGUAACCACUGCAAACGUCCCGUUCUCCGACACAAGGCCAAAGCGCACAUUGAAGAAUGCAUCCAGAAGAAGCAAGAGAAGCAACGCAAAAAGAAAGAGGCCAAAGACGCACGCGACGCUGCUGCACGCAGAGCCGAACGCGAGAAUGCCGACAGCGAAUCCGAAGAGGAAGAAGGUACAAUAGGCUCCAAGACGGCUGGUAAGAACGACGGCACUUCGGGCAAGAAGCGCAAGGCCGAAGACCACACCGAAGGAGCAAAGAAGAAGAAAAAGAAGGACGAACCAAAGGCCAAGGCCCCUCGUCCAAAGGCGCCGGUCGAUGUCGAGAAGCAGUGUGGUGUUCCUCUCGCCAACGGUGCACAGUGCGCUCGCAGUCUGACCUGCAAGUCUCAUAGUAUGGGCGCCAAACGUGCUGUGCCGGGCAGAAGUGCUCCUUACGACAAAUUGCUGGCUGAGUACCAGCGUAAGAACCAGGCUAAGCUACAGAAGCAAGCUCUCGAGGCGCAACAACCCUUCCAGGAUGACGAGUUCGCUCAUACCGGUCCCAUCGACUCGGACGAAGAAAAGGACCUUGUCCUUGCUGCCAUCGCACGUUCACAACCACGACCGCUUUGGCAGUCCCAACCAAUACCCCUCAAACGCAAAUAUCAAUACGUACGCAUCAAGGAGAUGAUGAGCAGUGCACUAGGCGGGAAAGGAGCUGGCCUCUUCCGUACCGGCCCUCCACCUGACGAAGACAACAGCAAUCUUAUGAACGGUUUGGACGCCAUGAACGCAGCACCAGACAACAGUGACAGAAGAAUGAGCGGCGUACAACGCACAAUGACAGGAACGCAUUCCCGCAAGACAAGCGCUGUCAGUUGAACAGAGCAGUACACAUGAUUCGGGGUUUGGCGUUAUAAGGCUCUUAUGGGAAGGCGGUUACUUGAUGCUUACAGAUGAUACCCAUUUUCUUUUUCCAUCCAUGAGCAAAAGAAAGGGAUGAUUGCUCAGAUCUCAGGACUGGCCAUGCUAGAUGAUUAACUCAGC